UUUAAUUAGCUUAUAAGUAAAUCGUCUUAUGGAUUUUUGUGAACAGUAGAGUGAAACGGCCUAACAAUUCCGGACUACGUGGGUACCGAGGGCCAAAUGGGCCUCUUCAAAGGCUCAACAACAACCCUCGACGGGAUAGGUCUCCGGCCGAUGCCGGCCGAGCGACCGAAAACGUUGCGAAAACUCAAGUCGGUCUACGACGCGUCGCCGACCGAUCAGAACGUGAACAGCUUGAGCAGCAAUGGAACUGCUGACAGAACCAAUGGAGUGGAAGAGGAGGUCAGACGGAGGAGUAAUACAACCAGUUCGACUCAGAGUGGAGACAAGUCGCUUUCGAUUCUCAGCCCGUUUGAUGAACAGGAGGAGUGGGCAAAGAUAUCCGAGAUAAUGGCUUCGUUUGGAAGCAAACUUGUCAGAGAAUCAGUGUUCGUGUCAGAAUUGGAGCAAGAGUUCACUUCGAGACUAGGGCUAAGCUGUUCUGAAUCUAGUCUUAGUCCAUCUGUUGCUUCGAAUUUAGGUGUCUGGUUGUCUGGACUUGGGAUGCACGACUACGAACCUUUGUUUGUGGAGAGCGGUUAUGAUGAUAUUGAUUUUAUUAAUGGAAUCUUAAACGAUAAUGACCUACGUGAAAUGGGUAUAGAAGAAAACGAUAGGCAGAAAAUACUCGAGUCAGCUAAACAAUUACCUCUUAAAAUAACCGAAAUAAGCAAUAAUCAUAACAAUAAUAAUAUAAGUAAAAACCAAAACGAAUCAGUGGAUGAUUGGCUAAGGACUAUUAAUUUAGAACAAUAUAGUGAUACGUUUAGGAAACAUUUGUAUGUUGAUAUGGACAGAGUUAGGAGAAUAUGGGAGGUGGAAUUGACUGCAGUAUUAGAAAUAAAUAAACCUGGACACAGGAAGAGGAUAUUGUGUUCGGUGUCUGGUGAACAAAAUGGACCUGCUAAUAAUAUUGAAGAAAUUAAUACUGAUCUCAAGAAUUUGAAAAACAAUAUUCAACAAUUGAAAGAAGAAAUAAAAGAAAAGUUACCGCCGUCGGAUAACUUAAAACCUGUCCCGCCUCCCGUGGUUCCAACACUAGCUCCACCUGGGGGUGAGACUUUGAAGAGGAGUAAGAAAAACAGACCAGCUCCUCAACCCCCUCGACCCUCGGACCUGGAGAUCAGGGCUCCAUCAGAACUCCUCGUGGGGGUCCCAGGGGCAUUGAAAACGCAAUGGAAACAUCAGCCAUUUGUUUUAGUUACCGGUGCUGUGACGUAUGUCGCUAAUUACCUAGGAUCGACAGUUGUAAAAGAACUUCGAGGAACUGAGUCUACAAAGAAGUCCAUUCAGAAGCUGAAGAAAUCUACCAAAGAGCCACGUGAUUCUCCUGAUAUUAUCCUCUCGAUAAGUUAUCGAGGAGUCAAGUUCCUAAACACUAUUACUAGAGAACUAGUCUGUGAACAUGAAAUACGUAACAUCCACUGCGCUUGUCAAGACGCUGACGAUCUCACUCACUUCGCUUACAUCACUAAAGAUCACACCACUAGGAGUCAUUACUGCCACGUCUUUAGAGUCGCUACUAUGGAUCAAGCGACAGAAGUAAUACUAACACUUGGUGAAGCUUUCGAAGUUGCGUAUCAAAUGGCGUUACGAGAACAAGCAAAUAGAGUCAGAAUACCUCCAACAACAGUCAAAACUCCUACACACGAUCCUGUAACAAAUAAAGAAAAACCUAACAACCAUGGUAGAUCACAUUCCAUAACAGAAAUUAAAUUAAAUGGACAUCAACUCAAAGUAGCUCCAAUUCCAGCGUCAUUAUCUAACGAAGAUUUCCAAUCUACAAAGAAUUCAGAUGGUACUAGAAGUCCAAGAACUAUUCUUAAAGCUCCAAUAGCGUCCACUGAAGAGUUGUGAAAGGAAAGGUAAUGUUUACUAGUAUUAGUAGGUUAUUAAAGUGAAAAACUCUUUAAUAACGAAUAUUUACCAAAAAUAUUGGCACCGUUUCGGUCCCUGUAGCUUAUUUAGCUGUUGUUGAAAAUUAUGAGAAUGAAUUGUCUGUUAAUGUUAAAACUAAAGUUGUAUAUGGUAGUGAUUGUGUUGAAGUGAAUGAUAGAUUGAUUGAUAUAGAUUUCCUGGAAAUUUCGAAUUGAAUAAUGGUAUCGAUAUCAUAUAAUCAGCUAUAAAAGAAAAUGCAAG